GUGGUGAUUAUAACAAACGUAGAAGAAGAACGCGUUUCCGCUCUCUUUCUGGGGGAGAUUUGUUAUGGUUUUAACUGCAAGGUGAAUAUCUUAUGUUUUGAUAGACUGGAAAUCAGCUCCUAAUUUUGGAAAUGUUGUCAUACAACUCUUUACGGAUUGUGUGCCCAUUCCGGGCUUUACUGCACCCAAACUGGCUGAUGACAAACCGACAGAGUGUUAAUAAAACUGUUACAUGUUCAGCACAUUGUGUGUCUACCAGCUUCCCAAAGAAGGACACAUGGCAAAGACAAAAUAACCUCAAACCGACGGGAAAUGAAAGAAAGCUACAAUACUCGACAUAUGCAGCCAGUUCACCCAGGAAUUACUGCACAGGUCAAUUCAAACUGAACUGCUGGAAUUGCAAACAGCCUCUCGACCAAACACCUGCAUUCUUCUGCUUGACAUGCAAAGCAGUCCAGCCCCCAGAAGAAGACACAUCAUUAUUUAACAUCAUGGAUUGUGACUACAAAUUCUCACUGGACACACACAAGCUGCAGAAAAGAUACUUGCAUCUCCAGCGUUCUCUGCAUCCAGACAACUUCAGCCAGAAAUCUGUGGAAGAACAGGAGUAUUCAGAAAGCUACUCCGCUCUUGUGAACAAAGCUUACCACACACUGCUUAAGCCUUUGAGUCGUGGCCUUUAUAUGCUGGAGCUGAAGGGAAUGGUUAUUGAAGAGGGCACAGACUCCGGGGCUGAUCCAGAGUUUCUAAUGGAGCUGAUGGAGAUCAAUGAAGCCCUUGAUGAAGUUAAGACUCCAGAGGAAGCCAAUAAGAUCGGCCAACACACAAAAGGGAAACUGGCAGUCUUGACAGAAGAAAUAGACGCUGCCCUCCUUAAAGGAGAACUUCAAUCUGCCAAAGCCCUGCUUGCCCAAAUGAAAUACUUUGCAAACAUUGAAGAGAAAGUAAAGGAAAAACUUUCUGAAUUCAUGUAAUUGUACCCCCUAUUUAAUCGCUAUCACUUUGUUGCUUAUUUUAAACUAGUUCACAAAGUUUUGAAAAAAACACAAAAGUGAGUGUACAUUUGUCAUGGGAAUAUGUAAAUAUAAUAUUUAAAUGUAAUAAUAAAACUACUUGUUAUGCAUAAUACACAA